CCGGAUGCUGGUAUGAUAAAUGGCAAUGAUCAGGACGGUGGUAUGGGGUAGAGCAGUGAUCAGAACGUUAUAAUGAAGUAUGGCAGUGAUCAGGAUGCUGGUAUGGCGUAUGGUGGUGAUCAGGACGCUGAUAUUGGGCAUAGCAGUGAUCAGGACGAUGGUAUGCCAUAGUGGGUGAUCAUGACACUGGUAUGGGCUAUGGCAAUGAUCAGGAUGCUGGUAUGAGAUAUGGCAGUGAUCAGGAUGCUGUUAUGGUGUAUGGGGUGAUCAGGAUGCUGGUAUGGUGUAUGGGUUUAUCAGGAUGCUGGUAUGGUGUAUGGGGUGAUCAGGAUGCUGGUAUGGUGUAUGGGUUGAUCAGGAUGCUGGUAUGGGGUUAUGGCGGUGAUCAGGAUGCUGGUAUGGGGUAUGGCGGUGAUCAGGAUGCUGGUAUGAGGUAUGGCAAUGAUCAGGAUGCUGGUAUGAGAUAUGGCAGUGAUCAGGAUGCUGGUAUGGUGUAUGGGGUGAUCAGGAUGCUGGUAUGGGGUAUGGCAGUGAUCAGGACGCUGGUAUGGUGUGCGUUGGUG